CUUCAUUUUGUCUUUUCGGGCCGUUCGAUCUUCAGUACACGUCAGAAUCAGUAUCUGUGUAACUCAGACCAGGAAACGACUUUCCAGGCGAAGUGUGCAUUUUUAUUUCUGCCCAACCUGUCUUGUCAUUGGAGACUUGCAACUUUCAACCACCGAAAACAGCAACCCAAAGCUGUGUCAACGACAGUUGGAAAAGAGUACUCUCUCGAUUCUUCUGGGCAUAACGACCUGUUCAUACAUUCUGUUUCAGCAAAUAUCCAGCAUAUUCUCAGUGUAAUCCUGAACCUGACACAAUUAGCUUUUCUCGACUUAUACUAGUAUAAGCUUCAAAUUUUCACAACAAAUUUCGUACAAUAUCCCACACAAAUUUUCACAGAAUACACAAUACCACAAGCAACAUAUUAUUUUUAACAACUCUAGAAUGACGUCAAGUGCCCAUUACAACUACAACAGACGUAACUCGUCUGCUACUCCAUAUACUAUUCCCACAAAGCACCAGCCUCAAAGUCACCAAUCCUCGUACCAGCACCACCACCACCAGCACAACAACCAUCACGGACAUCCAGGACAGCAUGCUUCGAUGUCUUCUAGUGCAAGCGAUAUGUACAACCUGCCGUUGUCGUCAUCUGUGCCAGUUUUAUCUCGUGAGUUUGUAGUCAGAAGAAUCUCCGAGGGAGAAACAGGCAGAUUGAAAGAAGAGUUGAAGUGUGAGGCAUGUGGAAAAGGAUACAAGCACAUUUCGUCCCUAGCCAAACAUCUCUGGGAACAUACGCCAGAAUGGAACGUUACCAAGAAGCUCUUGAUAUCGAAACAUCAACAGGUCCAGCUCUUAGAGGCUGCUAGUAUCUUAGUGGGUAUGAACGAGACGUCUUCUUCUAGAAGAAAUUCGACCGCAUAUACUGACCAGAUGAUGCAACAUAGCCAAUCGGAAGAUCCUCGCUACAAAUCACCGUUUUCACCUAGCAACUCGGCUGAAACAAACCCUACUUCCCAUACACCUACACCACCAGCAGUCGGUAAUGUGGAAAGUGAAAGAAAAGCACAUUCGCUCAAAUUCAAGAACGCAUUCGAUCCCGAGUCAGUACCAUCCCAUGUACCCAGUUUUGAUGUCAGAGAAGACUCUAAGGUCAACUAUAAUAGAACACACUCCAUUUCACAAUACCCUCCAGUGGACAAGAGCCAUAGUCACCUCCACAGCCAAACACCAUCUUCGCCUUCCAUUGGUGGCUAUCUCGACAAUCCACGUGCUAUGGGCGAGCUUUCGAGGAGAAGAUCGAGCUCGGUUGCUCAAAAUGGCUACGAACAUGACUUGAAGUCGCCCUCUCCUUCUUACAAGGCUGCACCAUCCAUACCUACAUCUACUACUUUUGCACCUUCUACGCUCGACACUUCUCCCCGCAUUGACGAAGCCGACGAAAAAGUGGAUCACGAACAUGAGGAAACCAGCAAUUCGUUUGACGAAGGUGUGUUGGGCAAGAUGGAGGACUAACGUUUAGUAUAGCUACAAAGAUCAUGUACAUACACCUCUACAGUUUUCCAACUUUUCACUAUUCAUUUUCAUAUUCUAGCUGGGUUCUUACAAGGUAUACUAGUUGAACUAGUAUCAGAUAUGAACAAGCUGCUAUAGCAAAUAUAACAAAAGGUUACAGGGUACAAAUACAAAUACAAAUAAACUCAAACAGAAUGUUGAUUGGUUUCACAUCUAUACAUCUAAUACAAAAAAAUACACUUACUUUCCGUGUCGAAAAGGUAUACUAUUAUUUAUUUAUCUGAUUCUUGCUGUAUAUAGCUGACUCUACCUAUACAAACGGAGCUGUAAUAAAUACAUAUUUAUUGG